GAGCGCAGCGUGCCGCGACAACCCAGAGACACCCACCGACGGGCGCAGCCGGCGGGAGCGAGGCCGGGAGACGCGCUCCGGGCACAGCGAGCCGAGCCGGGCGGUGUCUCAGCGCCGCCGCACGGACGGACGGGCGCCCUCUCCGCGCGUCCCUGCUCCCGCGCCGCGCCCCUCCAGCCAGCAUGAGGCUGCUGACGGCCGCGCUGCUCCUGCUGCUCCUGGCGCUGUGUGCCGCGCGUGUGGACGGGUCUAAAUGCAAGUGCUCCCGGAAGGGACCCAAGAUCCGAUACAGCGACGUGAAGAAGCUGGAAAUGAAGCCAAAGUACCCGCACUGCGAGGAGAAGAUGGUUAUCAUCACCACCAAGACCGUGUCCAGGUACCGGGGUCAAGAGCACUGCCUGCACCCCAAGCUGCAGAGCACCAAGCGGUUCAUCAAGUGGUACAACGCAUGGAAUGAGAAGCGCAGGGUCUACGAAGAAUAGGAUGAAAAAACCCUAAUAUGAAAACUCCAGACUGUUUGGGAGACUUGAGCAAAGGACUUUGCAGAUUAAAAA